CUGUCCAGAGUUUUGUUGGCCUUCCAUAUGGAGUGACCAAGUCGCGGAACUCUGUUUAUAGUGGUGCCCAAUUGCUUCUCUACAUCUUGCAUUAUGCUGCCGUACAAAUUAUAGGAGCGCUCACUCGCUGAAAAUCUGAACUGAGAUCUGCUGGGACACCAAUUUGCAGCUAUGGCGGACCAGGAUCCUGCAGACGAGCCAGACUACAUGGCUGAUUUGAGCAUCUUUGGCAUUGCAGAAUCCGCUCCUUCGCUCACGAAUUCUAAGACCUCUGGUGCGAAGAAACUUCCCCAGCAGAGCGCCAAGCCCCGCUUGACAUUUGUACAGAAGCAGCAGCAGCGAAAGGAGCGUGUUUUCGAGAAAGAAGAGAAGCUGCGGCAAGAGGGCAUGGCGCAGGCAAUUCCGCAGGGGAACAUUGGAUUUAAGCUGCUGGAGAAGAUGGGCUACAAGCCAGGGGGUAGCUUGGGCCAGCCGGAGCAGGGGGGUAUCACGGAGCCCCUGGAAUUGAAGGUGAAAAGAGCGAAGACGGGGCUGGGCAGAGACGAGAUCAUUCAGCAGGAGCAGCAAGAAAAGGCCGCACGAAGGGCGCGCGCAGCAGAGCAUCGGCAACGGCAGCAGCAGGAGUUGGCCCUCGACUUCCGGGACCGUGCAAAGGGCCGGUGGGACUUUCGAAAGGUGCGGCGCGACCUCGGGCGCGCAGAAACGGCGCUCGCAACGAUCGAGGGCGAGGACGGGCCGUGGAGAGACGUUGUAAGUUUAGAGGGUGUAAAUAAGGACGGAAACGGUAGUGUAUUGGAAGGAGAUAGCGUAUUAGAAGACGAAGUGGGGCUGGAUGUGAGGAUAGCGCGGAAACGGAAGCUGCGGCCGGGAGAGAGAUCAUUAGACGAAGAGGAAGAGGCGAAGAACGCGGUGGAGGAGGUGUCGGACGAAGACAGGGUGCGGAUACUCGAGCGGAUGCUUCGACGGCUAAGAGACAAACACUGGUACUGUAUAUAUUGCGGGGUGAAGUACGAUUCGCAGGAGGAUAUUGAUACGGAGUGUCCAGGCGAGGACGAGGAUCUGCAUUGAUCCGUUCGAGGGGGCAGCUGUUGCCAGCGCGCAAUGUUUCAAUGGUCACGACAGCUG